UCCCGCCCCGCCCCUCCGACUCCGGCUCACAGAAAGGGACUUGAGAUGCUACAUUUUUAUGACGAGCUAGCACUUUUGUUCAGACCUCUAUUUUUUUGCUGCUUUCGUCAACAUGUAACUGCAACCUGUUUUUAGCUAUUUGUGGGUUUUGUUUUUCCUCUUUAAGGUUUUAAUUAGUUAUUUUUGUGUGGAUAGUGGUCGAAACUAAGUAGUUUUUGGGGGGCUUUCACUAGCUUAUUAGCAAAGGGAAAGUUAGCAAAGUAGUGUGUGGCUGAACUUUUAGCUAACAGUGUCAUGCAGCUUUUCUUCUCUGAGCGUUUCAUUGAUGUCCAGCCCAUUUAAAACAAACUGGAUUCAUGAUUAACUCAAAACCCGAGAGGAGAGCAGAAGACACAGCGGUACUCCAUCACUUGCUUUCCGGCCAGACUCGGGGAAUCUAGCGAAGCCACGUUAGAAUAAGGUUUGCUGUCAUGUCGGAGGCGGAGGAGAAACCCGGUACAGACGCGAAGUCAGAGUUUACAGCAGGAAAUCUGUCCCCGAGUUCAACGCAGGCUCAAGGUGGGACACCUACGACUUCCUCCGGGGCUUCUCCAAAACCGGUGGCCACCUCAGCGACCGAGGAUGAGGAUGAGAGCGAAGAUGAAUCAGAGAUCCUGGAGGAGAGUCCUUGUGGCCGCUGGCAGAAACGUCGAGAAGAGGUCAAUCAGCGUAAUGUCCCGGGAAUAGACGCUGCUUAUUUGGCCAUGGACACAGAGGAGGGAGUGGAAGUAGUUUGGAAUGAAGUCAUGAUUUCAGAGAGGAAGAACUUCAGACCGCUGGAGGAGAAAGUCAAGGCUGUAUUUGAUAACCUUAUUCAUUUGGAACAUGCCAAUAUCGUCAAGUUUCAUAAGUAUUGGGCUGACACGAAGGACAACAGAGCAAGGGUGAUUUUUAUCACUGAAUACAUGUCAUCUGGAAGCUUAAAGCAGUUUCUUAAGAAGACGAGGAAGAACCACAAAAGUAUGAAUGAAAAGGCGUGGAAGAGAUGGUGCACACAGAUCCUGUCUGCGCUCAGUUAUCUCCACUCAUGUGAUCCACCCAUCAUUCACGGCAACCUUACCUGUGACACCGUCUUCAUUCAGCACAAUGGGCUCAUUAAGAUUGGAUCAGUUGCUCCAGAUACCAUUAACAACCAUGUGAAGACGUUCCAUGAGGAGCAGAAAAACUUGCACUUUCUUGCCCCUGAAUAUGGAGCUGAUAAUGACGUCACCACGGCUGUAGACAUCUACUCGUUCGGCAUGUGUGCCUUAGAGAUGGCGCUUUUGGAAAUUCAGAGCAACGGAGACUCUUCGUACAUUUCUCAGGAAGCCAUCGACAACGCCAUACAGUUACUGGAAGACCCGCUCCAGAGGGAGUUAAUCCAAAAGUGCCUUGCGUGUGAUCCCAGCAUGCGGCCUACAGCCCGGGAGCUGCUGUUUAACCAGGCUCUCUUCGAAGUGCCUCUAUUAAAACUAUUGGCUGCACACUGUAUUGUCAGCUACCAGCACAUGAUUCCUGAAAAUGCCUUGGAGGAAAUUACCAAGAAGCUGGAUCCCAAUCUGGUUAUUGCCGUUACGAAAGAGGAUGUUCAACUCAAGUUGUCCCAGUUUCCUGCCUUAGAACUUGACAAAUUCCUGGAGGAUGUGAGGAACGGUAUUUAUCCAAUGACGGCGUUCGGCGUGCCCAGUCCCCAGCAGACUCGGCUCAAAACAAUCACGUCUCCUGUUGUCGUUCCUUUGGUCAAAUCUCCCACGCCUGAACCUGCAGAGCUCGAGACGCGGCGGGUUGUUCAGAUGCAGUGUAGCGUGGAGUCUGUUGAGGAGGGAGCAAAAUAUCAUCUAACAUUACUGCUGAAACUGGAAGAUAAACUGAACAGACAUCUAAGCUGUGACAUGUUACCUCAUGAAAGUGUUAAAGAUUUAGCUGGAGAGUUGGUGCAGCUGGGCUUGAUCAGUGAGGUCGACGAAAUAAAAAUAUCCUCACUGCUUGAAGAAACAUUCAGCCAAGCUCUCCAGUAGCACAAAUAAUCUUGAGUACAUCUUCAGCCUUGUUAGCAGGUCUUUCUAAGGGACUUUUGGUGAUAAUGUGACCAAAACAGGGAAGGAUCCCUCACAUCAAGACAUAAAAAUAUAUAUAUAUAUAAUCCAAAUGCACAAAACAGCCAACGUAAAGCUGGACGGCUCCAUAGAAACCAUCAGCUGUGAACUUUCUAUUUGACUUUAGGUUGUGUAAUAAUUACUAAGGGAAUUUGUCCCAGGCUGGGAACCCUUUAAACCAAUGCUUUCUUUAAGUGUGCUUUGUUUACAUGAGGAGCUGCCUCGUUUGUUUGUUCCUUCAGAGGAGUUGGUCUAAACCACCUGGGAUAUCCGAAUGUCUCCUUUACCAACCUGCUGGUGUUGAUGGCAGCAUCCGGACCCACUGACAAUCAGCAAACUGAAUUUUCCCUACAGACUAGUAUUGCCUUUCCAUGCACAAAAAAAAAAAAAAAAUGAGCCAGGCUACUCCUUUCUAAUUCCUUGUUUUUUUAUAUAUAUGUUCCCGUUUUAUUUCGCUCAACGUUUGCUUCCUUUCAUAUCAUUCCCAGCUUUUUGUGCUUUCUCUGAUCAAGCUGUUGCCUUCUAAGUUAUACGUGAGAAGAUUUUGGUUAACCGCUUUAUUAAAGAAACAAAGUAAGUGCAAUUAUGGUAUUUUACUUUUUGAAAAUACAUUACUUGCUUACUUUGAGGUACUGUGAAUUAGUUUGUUUUUUAUAUUUAUAUAUAUUUUUUUCCAUCUGUCAAAAUGCUUUCAGGUCCUUUUAUAUAUACAUAUACGUAUAUGAAUUUUUAGUUUUCUUCUGUUUACAGUUGCUGCUGUCUGAGUUGACCAAUUACUUUGCCCUUAGAUUUCAGUAGAAAUGUGUGUACUGAACUUUGGUGUAGUAAUUUGUUUGAAAAAACAUCUUUGUGUUUUGUUGGAGAAACAGGUACUUUAUUCCAAAAACAAAAGUCUUUUUUCUUUUUUUCUUACGCAGCUGCCCUGGGAGGGUCUGAGCCAACAAAAUACGUUUUAAUUAUUAAUUGGGUACAACUAGAGCUUGGUGUUAGUGUUGUCAUUUUCGGUUUUCAUGUCACAUAGAUCAUGGUUCGACCUAAAUUGAGAUCAGGGAAUUCAUAUCGGGCUUUUUAGUAAUUCUGCUGGUACUUCUUUUUCUAAAAAGGUCAAAUAUUUCUGAAUACUGAGCAUACUGCAAAGAAUUACAGCAUUUUUUUUUUGUUUCUGUUAAACUUUUGGUUACAUAAUUCAUAUAUCCUUUAUCACUGGUAUUUUUUAACUCUUUAAUUAUUAAAACAUUCCCUUUUUCAAACGUAUUAUGGGUUGAAAAGUCUGCUCCAUGCUGUAUGUAGUUGAUCACAGACCAUCGUUUAUGUGAUUUCUAUUAUUCUUGCUCUUUGUGAACUUCUAAGAUUGUAUUUUUCUAAGACUAGCUCGAGUCAACCGGGGGAAUGUAAACGGACCACCUCAGAGCACAGAAGGGGUUCAGACCAACCAGUGCGACCAGCAGGGUUCACAUCCACUGUCUGCAGCCUGUUUAACUCUCCUCCUCCUAAACCCCAUUCAGUAGAGGUGAUAAAACUGGUUAUUAAAUAAUCAAACACAUUUGACAGCUUUAGUCUGUUACUCCAUGAUGUGAGCUUUUGGUUGUAUUUAGGUGUUUUUAUGAAUUGUAUUUUGACACAAAUGUCAGUAAACGUGUGCCUUUUUGAUGUGCGAGUUCUUUCAAAUAAAUGGAUCGAUCGCUCUCUG